GACUCUCCCAUUGCAGACAUUGGUGUAAAUGGCUAUUCUGCCCCAAGAUAUGCUUGGAUUAUGUGAGUAUGAAUGUGCGCGUGUGGGGUGACAUGAACGUUGAGAGUAGUAGAUGGGUCUGGGGAAUUCGGCGAUAGGUCGUAGAGCGUGGUAGGGUUGGAUGAAAGAUCAAGACGACAUCAACCCCGAAGCAUUUAUCUCUGGUCCAUAUAGCAACGAACCGGAGAGACUGCUCAUGAUAUCAAACUCCAGUCGUCCUAAAAGUCCAGCAUGCAGCAAGAGAGCCUCGCUAUUUUGGGGUGAAGCAGCAUGAGGUAACAGCAAUGCCGGUAUGGCCUACAACUUUAUCCACAUCAGAGGCACAGCAAGGGCCAAGGCAAGGCCAGGAGCUGUGGGUUGCGGAAAUGGCCGCUUUAGAGGGGGGCAGCGCCGACGCCUUUUGGACCGGGAAGCGAGAACAGACACGGAUUGCCCGGGACCGACUGUUCGACGGCUCGAGCUACCGCGAUAGAGGUCUGAACACUUCAGAGAGACAAAUACAAAUGCUUGCCUCGGCCCUGGGCGUGGGUGCUUGUGAUUGGACGUCUAUCUGGAUGCAUUGGUGCCAUCGACAUCUCAAAUACUGGAGCCCCGGCCAUAGUCUGGCUGUCUGCUCUGCUAGUACUAGGACGUCCUCGGUCAGCCUCGCCGGAGUCAAGGCGCUGUACAGUACUGGCCGGGCCAGGAGACGGACAGGCCCGGAUGGCUUCUGCGCCACGCAGAAAGGACCCUGUGUGCCAACGCCCGUCCCGACAGUAUGGUUCUUGGUUCUGCCGCGGGAUCCUUUCGCCCAGGAUUGUUGGGCCGACCGCAAAUCAAAGGGUGCGACGGUGGAGGAGGCAUGGAUCAGAGCGGAGCCUUGUGCGGCGCAGUAUCGUGAGUUGUCGAGUAACCGCGCGCCUUCGAGAUUUGUGAUUUGUGUGCACUGUGCAGUCACGGAACAGGGGCGGCCCUGGUCGUAUAUAGUGCUCGUAGUGUCCAAAGUACUGUGCAUUGUGCACAUGGUGCCCGGAUACAGCUACUGUAUAGGUGUGCAUCGUGUGGCCAAGGACAAUAUACCCGAUGAGGAAAAGGAUGCAGAAGACCUCGUUGAUGUCCACACUGCACUGUACUUUUGCUCCACAGCAGUAGUACAGUAG